AUUUUACCAGUCUGGGUCCAUUUGAAAUAAAUAAAAAUUCCCAGGUCUUAUGAAACAACUUCAAUUAUGUUACAUACAGGAUGUCCCAACUAUAAUUUUGGAAACAAGUUGAUAUAUGACUCAUGCACCGUUACAUUUGACCAUCCAUACUGUGUUUUUAUUCGAAAAUGCUAUUGAUUUAGUGUUUCGUAUAACAGCUUUCAAUCAUUCACAUGUUUGGGUCAGCAGUAGUGUCAAGGGAAAUUGAAAAACUGAAGCAAAGCACCUUAAUACGAACUAAAAUUUCAGCACAACCACAUCGAAGAGCUUCCACGUUCAGCAUUCGGCAAGCUUCCAGUAGUUUUCGAAUUGCACCUCGCCCACAAUUUAUUGUCAAACAUCAGCGUUAGGGCGUUUGACGGACUUCUCCAGCUGAUCAACUUGAAUAUGUCAAACAACAAGAUCGCACACAUUCCAAACGGCGCACUGCAUGGACUCGUAUCAUUGCGAACCUUAGACCUUUCCGGCAACGAGCUAGAAAAGCUCGAUAAUAAAACGCACGGCUUGUUGGAUGACUGCUUCUCUAUUGAAAGGGUGAAUCUCAGUAAUAAUAAAAUAACCUUUAUAUCCCGAAAGAUGUUUCCAAGUAAUCCGUACAUACCUUACAACUUGAAAAACAUAGAUCUCUCCUACAAUAACGUGCCACUCGUGACUUACGAUUUUGUCUUUGGAACUUCGAAAGUGGAAACGUUAAACCUAACGCAUAAUUCAAUCGCGGAUAUUAGGCGAUAUGUUCUAGGUAACCUCACAAGUUUAAGGACGUUGGAUUUGUCCUUUAAUCUCUUGGAGGAUAUUACGAGCGAUCCCGAUGUGUUCAUACUUCCCAAAAGUAUAUCGGAAAUAAAUCUGUCGCACAACAUGCUGAACGAGCUACCCUGGAGGGAAGUAAUAAAAGUUGAAAAUCUCACGACUUUGGAUCUACAGCACAACAAUUUCACGGUGUUUACCAAAGAAAUGAAUACUUUGGUCAACAACAAAACCAGAAUUCUUCUUAAGGGAAAUGCUCUUACUUGCGAUUGUUUUGCCCGACCAAUGCGAAGAUAUUUCGAUACGCUGCUCGAGGUUCCACAGUUUUACAAGGACGUUAUUUGUAGUGAACCCGAGUAUAUAAAUGGAAAGCCGCUGUUUGAAGUGUGGGACGAUGGCUUGUUUUGUCCGAAGGGUGUUAAUCUGACCAAAAGUGAACAAAGCGAGUAUGAAGUUGCUGCAGAUGUUAAAAUACGCGAUUUAAAGAUGUGAGUAAAUGUUUGCUACAAUUAAUAUCGAUAUUGGUACAAGUAUAAUGGAAAAUAGUUCAUCAUCAACGCUUGGUUUACUCGUCGACCCUAUCCUUUUGCCGCUCAAGCCUUCAUGUUGAGAAUCAACCUUGACAAUACUGCCAGGACUCCUCUAACAUUCUGAUUUCUGUAUUGGCUAUUUUGGAGGACAUCUUUCGUUCGUAGUUCGCCUUCAAGCAUUGAUAAUUGCCGUCUAGUAAGCAAAACAGUGUGGUUAAACUCUUUCUUUGGCUUCACCACAAAUACCUAUCACUGCCACAAAUGCACGGGCAAUAAUACUAGACUUCUCUACCUUGGUAUAUAAUAUACUAUUAGGUAGAUAUGAUAUAUAGAUAAUGAUUAACGCGUUUAUUGAUCAAAUACAAAUAAAGUACAGGCGACUUCUUAGACGAAGGCGCAAAUGGCAACAGGUACGCGUUGGUUGCCUAACGACGAAGGCUAUGAUUUGAAGUGACAAGAACCUCGAAAGUUUUCACGGCGAUGUACAAAUUUAAAUCGGCGAAAUGACAUGGUGCUUUUUAACAACCAUGUUCAUUGUUGAAGGUUGUACGACGACAUCUUAUAUUCGAUUGCGGUUCGAUUUUCGUGCAUGUUCCGUUCAUGCUAAAGAGAUUUUCAAAAGAUUGUGAAGACAUUUUAAGAGAAGAUUUUGAAGAGAUACUGAAGAGAUUUUGAAGAGACUGCCGAGAUUCUGAAGUUUGAAGAUGUUGAAGACAUU